AUGGCUUCAAUUCAACAACCACCCAAUAAUAUGGCUGCCGCCAAUCCGAAUGUCCCUGGCAAUCCCAAUCUGCCAGGCGAACUAACGCCGCAGCGUUUGCAGGAAGUCUACCAGAAAUUCCGUGAAAUGCAACGGGCUGGAGUGCGUCACGAUGAUCCCGAAUAUAUCAAGGCGCAUAAUAUUCUCUCGGCCGUGCAAAAACAACAGGCUUUCAAUAAGCAACGGCAGCUCCAGCAACAACAGCUCCAGCAGCAUCAGUUGCAACAACAACAAUUACAACAACAACAGCAGCAGCAGCAACAACAGCAACAACCCAAUGGGAGCAAUGCCGAUGUUGUCGCCAAUGGCGUAAAUGGUCGAUCUACCUCGAUAUCCUCGGUGUCGAACGGUCAAGUACCAAAUGCUGUCGCUGGCGGACUCCAACAACAACCUGGGCAAGUUGCGCAGGCUGGAUUGGCGAAGAAAUUGGCAACGCCGACGGGCAGCUUUUCACUGGAACAGCUGACUACCUUGCGUAACCAGAUCCAAGCCUUCAAGCUACUUGCAAAGAACAGCCCAGUCCCCUUGCCACUCCAAAGACAGCUCUUUGGUGCAACCAAACAGCAAACGGCGUCCCCCGUUAACAAUGUGUCGACCGCUGAAUCCAUCAUUGAAGCUGCUACGGAAACCCAGGGAGACAAGUUGGCAGAGCCUGUUGACAAGGAGAGUGAAGCUUUCAACUUCUACGAGGAACUUCAGUCGCCUUACGAGCUGUUUCCCAAGUCCAUCAGUUAUACCGACCAUACGAACAGGGCCAAUCGCCCGCGCAUCCCAAGUAUCUUCCCUACUGGUAUUGAUUUGGAGCGAGUGCGCGAGGACAAGGAACUGCUCAUUUAUAACAAGAUAACUGCUCGCAAAGCAGAGCUCGCGAAGCUACCUGCGAAUCUUGGUGUUUGGGAUGCGAGUCGCGGGGAGGUUGCUACUCCUGACGACUCCUUGAAGCUUAAAGCAUUGAUUGAGUACAAAAUGCUCCAUCUUUUGCCGAAACAGCGCAAAUUCCGUCAACAGAUUCAGCAUGAGAUGUUCCAUUAUGACAAUCUUGGAAUGACAGGAAACCGUUCUAUCCAUCGCCGUAUGAAGAAACAGACAUUGCGUGAAGCCAAAAUCACCGAAAGGCUGGAGAAACAGCAACGUGACGCUCGCGAGAAUCGCGACAAGCAGAAGCAAGGCGAGAAGAUACAGGCAAUCCUGGCACGCAGCCAAGAAGUUUUGCAAAAUGGUGCGCAACAACGCGCUCGCAUGCAGAAAUUGGGUCGCGUCAUGCUUCAACAACACCAAUACAUGGAACGUGAAGAGCAGAAGCGUGUUGAACGUACUGCCAAGCAACGUCUGCAGGCUCUUAAGGCCAACGAUGAGGAGACUUACCUCAAACUUUUGGGCCAGGCCAAAGACUCGCGUAUUUCUCAUUUGCUCAAGCAGACCGAUGGUUUCUUGAACCAACUUGCUUCAUCUGUCAAGGAGCAGCAGCGCAGUCAAGCAGAGCGAUAUGGAGGGGAUCAACAAUUUGAGGAAGAGGAAGAAUCAGAAGAGGAGUACGCCACCGAUGAAGAGGGCGGCGGUCGCAAGAUCGAUUACUACGCUGUGGCCCACCGUAUUAAAGAAGAGGUUACUGCGCAGCCAUCUAUUUUGGUCGGUGGCACUCUCAAAGAGUAUCAGUUGAAGGGUCUCCAAUGGAUGAUUUCACUUUACAACAACAAUCUUAACGGUAUUCUUGCCGAUGAGAUGGGUCUCGGAAAAACCAUCCAAACGAUCAGUUUGAUCACGUAUUUGAUCGAGGUCAAGAAGAACAGUGGACCUUUCCUUGUUAUUGUUCCCCUGAGUACGCUUACCAACUGGCAUCUUGAAUUCGACAAGUGGGCACCAUCGGUUACAAAAGUCGUCUAUAAAGGACCCCCGGCCGUUCGCAAGCAGCAACAGCAGACUAUUCGCUACGGUCAAUUCCAGGUUCUUCUGACAACAUAUGAAUAUAUCAUCAAGGAUCGUCCCCUGCUGAGCAAAAUCAAGUGGCAACACAUGAUUGUCGAUGAAGGUCAUCGUAUGAAGAACGCCCAGUCCAAGUUGAGCAGUACUUUGACCCAGUACUACAACACCCGUUAUCGACUUAUCUUGACAGGAACUCCUCUUCAGAACAAUCUUCCCGAACUGUGGGCCUUGCUGAACUUCGUCUUGCCAAGUAUUUUCAAGUCCGUGAAAUCCUUUGACGAAUGGUUCAACACACCUUUCGCCAAUACUGGUAAUCAAGACCGGAUAGAUUUGACCGAAGAAGAGCAACUGCUCGUCAUUCGUCGUCUUCACAAGGUUCUUCGUCCUUUCUUGCUAAGACGUCUAAAGAAGGAUGUCGAAAAGGACUUGCCCGACAAGCAGGAACGUGUCAUCAAAUGCCGUUCUUCUGCUUUGCAGGCCAAGCUCUACAAGCAGCUUCUUACACACAACAAGAUGGUCGUCAGUGAUGGAAAGGGAGGAAAGAUUGGUAUGCGCGGUCUCAGCAAUAUGUUGAUGCAAAUGCGAAAGCUUUGCAACCACCCCUUUGUCUUCGAACCUGUUGAGGAUCAGAUGAACCCAGGCCGCGGAACCAACGAUCUUAUCUGGCGUACGGCCGGAAAGUUUGAACUUCUCGAUCGUGUACUGCCUAAAUUCAAAGCUACUGGGCAUCGUGUGUUGCUGUUCUUCCAGAUGACUCAAAUUAUGAACAUCAUGGAGGACUUUUUGCGAUUCCGUGGACUCAAGUAUCUACGUCUGGACGGUUCUACAAAGUCGGAUGAUCGUUCCGAACUUUUAAAGCUAUUCAACGCCCCCAACUCUGACUAUUUCUGCUUCUUGCUCUCGACCCGUGCUGGUGGUUUGGGUCUCAACUUGCAGACUGCUGAUACUGUUAUCAUCUACGACUCGGAUUGGAAUCCUCAUCAAGAUCUGCAAGCUCAAGAUCGUGCCCAUCGUAUUGGUCAAAAGAAUGAGGUCCGAAUUCUUCGAUUGAUCACCUCUAACUCUGUUGAAGAGAAGAUUUUGGGUCGUGCUCAAUUCAAGUUGGAUAUGGAUGGCAAAGUCAUUCAAGCCGGUAAAUUCGAUAACAAGUCCACCAAUGAGGAGCGAGAGGCACUUCUUCGUACUCUACUUGAAAGUGCAGAAGCUGGUGAACAGCUCAACGAUCAGGAUGAGAUGGAUGACGACGAUCUAAAUGAAAUCAUGGCUCGAUCUGAAGAGGAGUUGACCAUUUUCCAGAAGAUUGACCAAGACCGUGCUAAGAACGAACAAUAUGGUCCAGGUCAUCGUUACCCUCGACUGAUGGGCGAAGACGAAUUGCCGGAUAUCUACCUUGCAGAAGAUAUGCCGACUGCCAAGGCUGAAGUUGAGGAAGUUACCGGUCGUGGAGCUCGUGAACGUAAGGUAACCCGCUACGAUGAUGGACUUACCGAGGACCAAUGGCUUAUGGCAAUGGACGCCGACGAUGAUACCAUUGAAGACGCCAUUGCUCGUAAGGACGCCAGAGUUGAGCGAAGACGUUCGAACAAAGAAAAACGUUCACGUAAAACAGGUGGCAUGGAAUCAUCACCUGAACCAUCUCGGGAAAGUUCUGAAACGCCUCAAGUCAAGAGACGACGCAAAGGUCCUCAGGGCAAGCGUAAGGCAGAUGAUGCAAUUGAAGAAACGCCGCCUGUCAAGCGAAAGAGGGGCAAGCCUUCCAAGGUUGUUGAUACUUUGAGCGGCAGUGAUCGAGCAGCGUUGCGGAAAAUAUUGGAUAGUGUCUAUCAGACAUUGAUUGACCUUGAACAAGAGAUUCCGCCCGAGGACGGAGACGCCGAUGAGGAGCCUAUGACCAGAGCCAUUAUUGAGCCUUUCAUGAAGCCACCGCCCAAGAUGCACUAUCCCGACUACUACAUGAUCAUUCAAAAUCCCAUCGCCAUGGAAAUGAUUAGAAAGAAAAUCAACCGAGACGAAUAUCAAAGCCUGAAGGAGUUCCGAGCAGACAUCCACCUUCUCUGUCAGAAUGCUAGGACGUACAACGAGGAUACCAGUAUCUUGUUCGCAGAUGCUAAUCAAAUCGAGAGCACCUGUGUGGCGGAAUUGAAAAAACUCACGGCAGAUUACCCCCAAUUUGCCGACUUCGAUGACGGAGACGACGGUGCAUCCUCCGCUGCGGACGGUACUACAGACGCUCUCGGCGCUGAUACCCCAUCUGCACAACCCAAACUCAAACUCACAUUCAACAGUAACCGGGAUAGCACAGGGCCAGCUAACGGGGACGUUGGCAGUGACGACGACGAUGACGACGACGACGAGUGA